CCCACCCCGCCCUCAGCGCUAUUUAAGGCGCCCCAGGCCGCCAGGCGCCGGUCCAUCAGGGCUCCACAGGCGCUCUGCUCAUCGCUUCCCCAGAGCCACCUGGGCUGGCCAGUAGACAGGCGACGGAGACCAGGGAGUCAUGGGUGACUGGGGCUUCCUGGAGAAGCUGCUGGACCAGGUGCAGGAGCACUCCACGGUGGUAGGCAAGAUCUGGCUGACAGUGCUCUUCAUCUUCCGCAUCCUCAUCCUAGGCCUGGCGGGUGAGUCUGUGUGGGGUGACGAGCAGUCGGAUUUUGAGUGUAACACAGCCCAGCCAGGCUGCACCAAUGUCUGCUAUGACCAGGCCUUCCCCAUCUCCCACAUCCGCUACUGGGUGCUGCAGUUCCUCUUUGUCAGCACACCCACCCUGGUCUACCUGGGCCACGUCAUUUACCUGUCGAGGCGUGAGGAACGGCUGCGGCAGAAGGAGGGGGAGCUGCGGGCACUGCCAUCCAAGGACCCCCAAGUGGAACGGGCACUGGCCACCGUAGAGCGGCAGAUGGCCAAGAUCUCAGUGGCGGAGGACGGCCGCUUGCGGAUCCGAGGCGCGUUGUUGGGCACCUACUUGGCCAGCGUGCUCUGCAAGAGCCUGCUGGAGGCCGGCUUCCUGUAUGGCCAGUGGCGCCUCUACGGCUGGAACAUGAAGCCUUUGUUUGUCUGCCAACGCCUGCCCUGCCCCCACGCCGUGGACUGCUUCGUCUCACGCCCCACGGAAAAGACCAUCUUCAUCAUCUUCAUGCUGGUGGUCGGACUCAUCUCCCUGGGCCUCAACCUGCUGGAGCUGGUGCACCUGCUGUGCCGCUGGCUGAACCAGGGGCUGAGGGCACAGCGCAGCCAGGAGGCGCCCCUAGCCCAGAACACCUCCUCUGAGCCCUAUGCUGACCAGGUCUUCUUCUACCUCCCCAUGGGCGAGGGGCCCUCCUCCCCGCCAUGCCCCACAUAUAAUGGGCUCUCAUCCAGCGAGCAGAAUUGGGCCAACUUGACUACCGAGGAAAGACUGGGCUCUUCCAAGCCACCUCCCUUCCUGGACCACCCUCCCCAGAAUGGCCAGAAAUCCCCCAGCCGCCCCAGCAGCUCUGCAUCCAAGAAGCAGUAUGUGUAGGGACCCUAGGGCUUAAGUCACCCAACAGAGGAGAGAUUUGGGGUGUCUGGCAGCCUCAGGAUACCAUUCUUUGAAGGUUCCGCAGAGAUGAUGGGGGUUGGGUGGAGGGAGAUGUGGGUGCCUGCUGGCCCCAGUAUUUGAACCCUAGGGGCCUUCCUGAUAACCAGCGGGCACUGUGAUUGCCCACCAGAAUGUGGCUUUGCCCCAGACACAACCAGAGUCAUCUGGGGGGGGGGGGCAGUCUCCUGGUCAUGGUAUUAGGAGCCCUUGGGCUUUUUCACCUUGUUCACAAGGGCCUGGAGCCAGGUAAUCCCACUGCCACCCUCACUGAAGCAUUGCCUCUGUCUGGGUUAUCCUCAGGAUCCAUCCUCCCAGGAAAAGUCUGGUGGAGGCUGCUGGGUCAGCCUUGAUCACACGCAGACAGAGCCUGUGCUGGACCUGGCCCUGUCAAGGGGACUGGGUUCUUGUUCUCAUCACUCUUUCCCAGUUCCGCUGUUUAUGCUUCCAGAAUAAACAGGACUUGAUCACAGACUAGGUCUGUAUCUGUCGUGAUGUGCCUUGGAGUGGGGAGAGCAUGAUGGCGGGUCAGCUACUCUGCCUGAGCUUCCUUUCUGACCUGCUUUGUCUCACAUGGACCUCUGCAGUCCAGCUCCACACUCAGUUGCUUCACCUCUUAGUAGCCGUGAGUCCUAAACGUUCUGCCUUUUGAGAUGUUCCUGGCACCGCCCUCUUUUUCAUCUCCACUACACCAAAUUUGUGACGUGCUUAUGAACCAGCGACCAAGCAGCCUAGAAGGUGGUGCAGUAGAUAAAAGCAUUGGACUCUCAAGCACAAGGUCCUGGAGUUCCAUCUUAGCAUCACAUAUGCCAGUGUGGUGCUCUGGUUCUUUCUCCUCCUCUGUCUCAUAAAUAAACCUUUACAAAUAAAUAAA